UUGACACUUUUAAAAGAAAGGGAAAUGAAUAGAUGUUGGGAAAAACAAAUGGGUCAUUUUUUUUUGGACUUAAAUUAGGUCAAAUAGGUCGUUCUUUCAGGGACGGAGGGAGUAGAUAGAUAGAUAAAUGAGAGAGAGGAAAAAAAAAACAAAAACAAAAACAAAAACAAAAAAAAUAAACUUUAAUUUAAUUAUCACCAAUUUGAAACCGCUUUGAAAAAGCAAUUCCCAUCUCCCUCCUUUUCAUCCUCGUACCCCUCAUUUCCCUCAUUUCAAAUUUGUAAAUCGCAAUCAACUCAUUUAGGGUUACUUUUCUCUCUCCUCUCUUACUGUCACUCACUCAAUUUCUUCUUCAAAUCACUCCAUUUCCCCCAAAUUUUACUUCAAUUUCAUCAAUUAGGGUUCCCUUUUUCUCCGUUGACUUCAAAUUUCCAGAAUUUAAUCCCUUUAAAUGUCAGCAUCGACAGUUUCCGGGACGGCGAAUCCUCGCCGAAGAGCAUCGGCAGUUUCCGACAUGAAACAGGGCAUCGACAUAGUUAACGAUGCAACAAAUUCCCUUAAUUUGGACAACAAUAGCAACAAGAAUGUUGCGGGUGAUGUAGGAGGUGAUAAAGUGACAAGCGGUAGCAAAGAUCUGAGUCAUUCGAUUAGAGGUGAAGCAGUUAUUGAAAGAUCUAAGGAGAAGAAAUCAUCUCAAUUGCCCCAUUCAAAUGCCGCUCUUCGAACCCGGAAUCGAAAGGUGGCAACUGCGCCUCAGAAGCCGCCUAAGCCCCGGUGGGUUACGGUAAUGAGUGUUUUGAUUAAGAAUUUAUUGUUGUUGCUUGUGUUAUUAGGGUUUGUUCAGAUUGUUAGGAAGUUGGUUGCUAAUUCUGGGAAUAUGGGUGGUUCGGGUAGUUUGAUGGGGUUUUCGGAUGUGGAGGGAAGGAUUGCUGGGGUUGAAUCGUCGCUCAAAACGACAACGAAGAUGCUGCAGGUUCAAGUGGAGGUUGUUGAUAAGAAGAUUGAUAGUGAGGUUGGGAAUUUGAGGAGAGAGGUUAGUAGGAAGAUUGAGGAUAAAAGUGGAGAGAUUGGUGCUCAAUUGAGGAAAUUGGAGGAGAAGAGUGAGGGUUUGGAGUUGGGUUUGGUUGAAUUGCGAUCGAAGGAGUUGUUAACUAAAGAUGAUGUGGUGAAGUUGUAUGAUGAACUGAAGAGAGGUGAUGGUGGUGGCAAUAUUGGGUUGAGUUUUGAUGAGAUUAGGGGUUUGGCGAGGGAAGUGGUUGAGAAAGAAAUCGAGAAACACGCUGCUGAUGGGCUUGGAAGUGUUGAUUAUGCUGUGGCUAGUGGUGGUGCCAGAGUUAUUAGUCAUUCAGAACCAUUAGGUGGUUUUGGGAAUGCAGGUAGUUGGUUGAAUGUAGGGAACAAAGGGGUUCACCAUAAGGCGGUUAAAAUGUUGAGCCCCAGCUUUGGAGAGCCUGGAGAGUGUUUCCCACUGACAGGCAGCAAUGGUUUUGUUGUAAUCCAGUUAAAGACCGCCAUUGUUCCUGAGGCCAUUACACUUGAACAUGUUGCUGAGAGUGUGGCCUUUGACCGCUCAUCUGCUCCAAAAAAUUGCCGGGUCUCUGGUUGGCUUCAAGGGAAACAAGGUCUUGAGAUUGACACAGUUGAUAGAGAGGAAAUUCUUCUGACAGAAUUUGUGUAUGACCUGAAGAAGAGCAAUGCCCAGACCUUCAACGUGCUUGAUGAGGCUAGAUCAUUUGUUAUUAACACUAUUAGGUUUGAUUUACUCUCCAACCAUGGAAAUUCAUUAUUUACCUGCAUAUAUCGGCUUAGAGUGCACGGCCAUGAACCCAAAUCAUUCCCGGUGAUUUCUGCUGAUUCUUGAGCUGUAUCUGGAUCACAUGCCUCGUCUUUGUAAUUGGUGGUUGCUCUUUUUCACUUGGUUUGUUGAUGCAUGUAUGUCAUUAAUGACUUAGUGGUAGUUUCUUUUGUGGUGGUCAUCUUUUUUUUUUUUUUUUUCUCAAUUAUAGCCGUUAUAGGCUUGCUAGGUAGUGAAGAUUUCCUUGCAUAUGAUAUGUAGUGCAUGAAUUUGUAAGGAUGAGUCAAUAUAUGUGAAUCAACACAUGUAUGGAGAUCAGCAUCUUUUUACAGAAAAUUGCAUUCUACCCUCUUUGCA